GUGCUGCCGGCGGAACCCAAAGCGUCCGGCGCAGCGCCGACUGUGUGACCUGUUUCCGGUGUGGAAGGAUGUGGCCGCCUUGCAGGUCACUGCGUAACUUGGCCCUAGCCUUGGCGAGAUCUCAGGGAGCUCGGGCCUGCAGUGGGGACGAACGUGUCUCCUACACUCAGGGCCAAAGCCCGGAGCCCAGAACCCGCGAGUAUUUCUACUACGUGGAUCACCAGGGCCAGCUUUUCCUGGAUGACUCCAAAAUGAAGAACUUUAUUACCUGCUUCAAAGACUUGCAGUUCCUGGUCACUUUCUUCUCCCGGCUGAGACCUAACCACAGCGGGCGCUAUGAGGCUUCCUUCCCCUUCCUCUCUCUCUGCGGCAGAGAGCGUAACUUCCUGCGCUGUGAAGAUCGGCCCGUUGUCUUCACGCACCUGCUGGCCCCCGACAGCGAGUCCCCUCGCCUCUCCUACUGCGGCGGCGGCGAGGCCCUGGCCAUCCCCUUUGAGCCGGCUCGCUUGCUACCCCUGGCGGCCAACGGUCGCCUGUACCACCCAGCACCGGAGCGCGCAGGCGGCGUGGGCUUAGUGCGCUCGUCCCUGGCCUUCGAGCUCAGCGCUUGCUUCGAGUACGGACCUGAAUCACCCACGGUCCCCUCUCACGUGCACUGGCAAGGUCUCUACAGCGGUCCCCUCUCCGCCACCUCUAACCCUUACAACCGGUCUUGCAUCCCACGGAUUGGCUUGCUCUGGUCACGUCAGGCUGGGCGGCAGGCGCAAGGCGCGCGUGGGCCGGUGCGCGUGCGCACCCACCCCCCGCCGCUUCUCCAGUCUAGCAGCCGCAAGCACCGCGGGGAGUCGCUCGCCACUGGAGCAGGAGGCGCAUCCCAUCAGGGUCCAGGCCUUGGGGAAGCCACAGCUUCCUGGUGGGGCUCGUCGGAAAUGACCCCAGGAGCUCCCCCGGUGCUGCUUCUGCUGGGACUGCUGUUGCUGCCGCUGCUACCUGGAUUCCCGCCCCGAGCCACUGGCUGUCCCGCUGCCUGCCGCUGCUACAGCGCCACUGUGGAGUGCGGCGCCCUACGGUUGCGUGUCGUCCCACCGGGAAUCCCCCCAGGGACGCAGACGCUGUUUCUACAAGACAACAGCAUCGCGCACCUGGAGCAAGGCGCCCUGGCGCCUCUCGCUGCCCUGCGCCACCUCUACCUGCACAACAAUACCCUGCGGGCGCUGGAAUCAGGUGCCUUCCGUGCACAGCCGCGCCUGCUUGAACUGGCGCUCACCGGCAACCGGCUUCGGGGAUUGCGAGGCGGUGCAUUUGUGGGCUUGGUCCAGCUACGCGUGCUUUACCUGGCUGGAAACCAGCUGGCGAAGCUGCUGGAUUUCACCUUCUUGCACCUGCCGCGACUGCAGGAGCUGCAUCUUCAAGAAAACAGCAUUGAGUUACUGGAGGACCAGGCCCUGGCUGGGCUUUCCUCCUUGGCCCUGCUGGACCUCAGCAGGAACCAACUGGGCACCAUCAGCAGAGAGGCUCUGCAGCCUCUGAGCAGCCUACAAGUCCUGCGCCUCACAGAGAACCCAUGGCGAUGUGACUGUGCCCUUCACUGGCUGGGCUCUUGGAUCAAAGAGGGGGGCCGCCGGCUGCUGAGCUCCAGAGACAAGAAGAUCACAUGUGCAGAGCCCCCACGCCUGGCGCUUCAGAGUCUACUAGAAGUAUCUGGUGGCAGCCUCAUCUGCAUUCCUCCCUCUGUGAACGUGGAGCCCCCGGAGCUCACAGCUAACCUGGGGGAGGACCUGCAGGUAGCCUGCCAGGCAUCGGGAUACCCACAGCCCCUGGUGGUCUGGAGAAAGGUGCCCCAGCCUCGCGAUGGCAAACCUCAAGCCCAAGCCCAGCUGGAAGGUGGGACAUCAGGCUUGGGUGGGCAUGCGACCCGUGACACCGGCAGCGGCAUGCUCUUCCUCACCAACAUCACACUGGCUCACGCCGGCAAGUACGAAUGCGAGGCCGCCAAUGCUGGCGGCAAAGCGCGUGUGCACUUCCAUCUCCUGGUCAACGCGUCCCGGCAGCAGUCACAGCAGCCACCCGCCCCGCAGGGCCCGGCUACAAGCCCUAUGGGACACGAGCCCCGGCACGAGGCGGGUAGCAUGGCCUUCCGCGCCCUGGGCCUAGCAACGCAGACAGCGAUCGCGGCAGCCAUCGCGCUGCUGGCGCUCACUGCGCUCUUGUUGGCUGCCAUGAUCUGCCGACGCCGACGCCGGCGGAAAAAGGUGCCUGCGCCGCCGGGGGAAGGCACACUGUUCGUCAACGACUAUUCAGACGGGCCUUGCACCUUUGCGCAGCUCGAGGAACUCCGAGAUGAACGAGGGCACGAGAUGUUCGUCAUCGACCGUUCCAAGCCCCUGUUCGCUGAGGUACCGCCUGAGGAGGCGCCGGAACAAAACCCUCCCGAAGGGCUCUCGUCUGGGCUACGCCUCCCUCCACGUGUAGCUUAUGAGAUCCAUUGCUAAGUCCGCCGCGCGUGUCAAUGACGUGGGCACCGGGGAUUGGCCGGUGCAGCCCCGCACCUGUUCAUUAGUAAAGUUGAAGCCACG